AUGUCCGGAUCUCAAGAUGCUAUUGUCAGGGAGUUGCAGAAAUAUACAACGUGCGAUGUAUCUGAUGCUCUAUGCAAACUAAAGUAUCGCAAUGGGGGUUUUCUGUCCGGCCUGACCAUGUGGUCUCCUCAGCGCCAGGACGGUCCUACUAAAAUUGUUGGACCCGCUUACACCGUCAAAUAUGUUCCUUUAGACGAUCCAGCACCCAAGCACCCAAACCACUACAUCGACACGGUGCCUAAGGAUGCUGUAAUUUUUGUCUCGUGUCCUCGUAGAACUCCGAACGCUGUGUAUGGUGGGCUCAUGUCGACCCGUGCGCUAGCUAGCGGUGCCGUCGGGUCCGUCAUCGAUGGCCGCUUUCGCGAUUUGCAGGAACAACGCGAGUUAAAGUACCCGAUCUUCGCUCGAGACGUCGGGACAGCACCCCCAGCAGAGCUGUUGAAAGUGGCAGCCGUCAACGUACCUGUCAAACUACAGACGGACGAGCAGAAUAUGGAGAUCCGACCGGGCGAUUACCUGAUUGCCGAUCUAAACGGCGUCGUCGUAUUGCCCGCCGAACUGGCAGGAAAAGCCCUACCGUUGAUGCAGAAGCAGGUCGAAGCCGACGAGAAGAUGGCCGUCGAGAUCAAGAAUGGCAUGACUUUCACCGACGCUAGCAAGAAGUUCAGGUAA